AUGGCCCGUCAGUCUCUUCCCCGCAAGAAUAUGCAGAUCAACGCUAUACAGAUCACUUGGCGGGACUCCAGCCAAUCGUUUAGUGUCUGCCUUGAUAACCCCUCGCUUCAACAGAUUCUUCCUCAACAUAGCAAAUACCCGCAAACUUCAGCGUUUAUACCAUCACGAAGGCCUAAUCAAGAUCCUGAUUCAUUGGAUAUAAUAAUAUCAACAUCAAUGAUUAGAACAGCUUUCCAUAUGUACAGUAUGCGUCCGAAGGUUCUCCGCACAGGCAUCAGAACGCGCACGUGCCAAAUGAUACCAAGCAAAAACAGAUUUUCCCCGUUCACUACAUCAACAAACCAUGCCGUUUCACAACAAGAAUUAUUCGAAGAGGAACUCAACUAUAUUGUUGCAAAGUUUCCUCCAGUAGCCCACGCUUUCGCUUACGGCUCUGGCGUGUUCCCGCAGAGUGCCAAGGCCUCAACAGGCCCUUCCAUGAUAGACUUUAUUCUCGGAGUCCCCUGCGCUGAGGAGUGGCACGGGCUCAAUCUCCAGCAAAAUCCGCAUCACUAUGGAGCAUUAGGCAAGUUAGGGAAGCGUGCAAUAGCGCGCGUUCAAGAACUCGGUGCGGGUGUCUACUUCAACCCGUUUGUUACGAUCAAUGGGGUGCUUAUCAAGUAUGGUGUCAUCAGUAUGGAUACCCUUUGUCAGGACCUCGCGACAUGGGAUACUCUCUAUGUUGCUGGGAGGCUCCAGAAACCUACGAGGACUCUCUGUGAUGAUCCACUUGUCCAGAAAGCAAAUCAGGUUAAUUUAUCCUCUGCGAUCAAACUCGCGUUACUGUUACUCCCUGAGACUUUUGCUGAGCAGGACCUCUAUGCAACUAUAGCGGGUAUAUCAUAUCUGGGGGAUCCCAGGAUGUCAGUUGGAGGCGAUGAUCCGCGGAAGGUGCAGAAUAUGAUAGAACACCAGCUGGAUGACUUUCGAAAACUGUAUAGCACAUUGCUUGGUGAUAUGAAUAAUGUCUCAAGUGUCGGAUCCCCUGGUAGACUGCAGCAGUGCAUGGACCCCUCUGUGCGUGGAAGUAUCAUUCGGAGUUUGCCCAGUGCGUUUCGCAGGAAGCUAUACUUCGGAUACCGGAAAAGGUAUAGCACUGCCUUGGAUGCGCAUAGUUCCUCUUCACGGGGACGUAAGAGUUUGCCACACUGCACCCUUGACUUUAACAUUGCUGGGGAUACUGGUUUGCGACAACAGGUUGAACAGGCAAUUCGGAAGACGGUGCGAUGGCCGAGUUUUACCCAAAGCAUAAAGAGUGCUGUUACUGCUGGUAUUGCAAGGAGCUGGAGAUAUGCUAGAGAGAAGAGGCGUAAGGCUGUGCUUGGUACACGUUAG